GUUCUCGAAUAUAAAGGCGGCCUGGACUGGCAUUCUUGUCAAAGAAUAUUUGCUCGUCGCGCGAUAAGCAUCAAAUCUAGAAGAGCCCGAGCGGCACAGUGAUAGUGUGAAAUUAAACAAAUAAAGUCUUGAAAAGUAAACAGAUUUGGCUCCAGUCACUCUGUGAAUAUUUUGAUUGCCUUAUUACACCAGCUUAAUCUCUUCGAGCAAUCCGGAGGGCACGGACAUGGAUGUGCAGACGAGUCGCGUUGUACCCGAUGGCGGCUACGGAUGGAUUGUGGUGGCCGCCGUGGCCUUGAUCAAUAUGACCAACCAGUCCAUUUUGUCCGUGUUUGGCCAGCUCUUUGUGGGCGAACUGCAGCAGAUGCAGGAGGACUCCUUCACGGCGGCCCUGAUCACCAAUCUGAACAGCCUGGCCCUCAACUUCUCCGGCCUAUUCAUUGGACCCGCCAUCAAGAGCUUUAAGCCCCGGAAUGUGGCCGCCACAGGCUGCGUUCUAGUCUCGUUGGGCCUUGCACUUUGCGCCUUUGGCACCGAGAGCUGGCACUUCAUCGUGGGCUACAGCUUCUUUGUGGGCUUCGGUUUGGGCCUGAUAUCGCCCUCUACGUUCAUGGCCAUAAAUUCUUACUUUAGCAGCAAGCGUGGUCGCGCUGUGGGUGUCUCACUGGCAGGCGCUGGACUUGGACAAGUCCUGAUUCCCCACCUGGUGCGCUAUCUCUUAGAGAACCAGGGUUUUCGUUAUGCGGUACUGGCUAUGUCCGCCUUAUCACUAACUGGACUAUUUGGUGCCGCGUUCCUGAAACCUCUAAAUCCUCCUACCAAACACAACAACCGCAGACACAUUCGCCUCCUAGCCGAGGCGGAUGGAGAAAAGACUCAGUCCACUCCACUCCAAGUGGUGAUUGUUCCAUCUAACCAAAGCAAAUUCGAGACGAUCCCACCCCAGACUGAUACCCUUUGCAGCCGGAUGGGCCACCGUUUGGUGCAGGCCAUGGACCUGGAGCUGCUUAAAGAUCUGGUUUUCUGGAGCAUCAUUGUGGGAAUGGCCCUAGUAUACACGGCCACCAUUAACUUUACAAUGAUCUUUCCGGGCUUCCUGGGACAAACGGCGGGUCUGAACAGCCAGAUGGUGGCCUUCUGCAUGUCAAUGGUGGCAGGAGCCGAUAUUGUAUGCCGCCUACUGUUGCCCAUCAUCACAGACCACCUGAGAAUUCCCUAUCGAGUGGUUUUUCUGGUAGGCAUCGCUGGACUAUUCGUCGCCCGUUGUGUGCUGGCCGAGAAUCAGGCGCUGCCCGUGAUUAUCUCCAUGUCUAUCCUGACGGGCAUGAUGAAAUCGGCCACUGUCAUUAACAACAAUCUCACCAUAUCGGCGCACUGUCGCUCGGAGAAGCUUGCCGGCGGAUUGGGACUGAGCAUGAUGUCCAAGGGAGUGAUCGUGAUCACAGUGGGUCAGCUGUUGGGCUGGGUGCGUGACUAUGCCGAUUCCUACAUCAUCUGCCUAUACGUCCAGGGAGCAAUUCUGCUGGUGGUGGUUCUAGUUUGGACACCGGAGAUCUUCUAUCGCCACCGCAAACAGCGACGUACCACCACCAAGUCCAUGGAGACGCAGUCUGUGGACGCAGCCGAAGAGGUUGCCAAGCUCAAUAAGUGAAUCAAUGGUCUGGAUUAGCGUUUAAGUGAGAGUGUUCGGUAUUGAAUGUCAUGUGAUAGGCGGCGGAAUGGCUUCCCUGGAGGGAACCUUUUGGACUCGCCGCAGUAGUUAUCUGGGUUGUGAGCAAGGACCAGUGUAAGGAAGAGCACUAUUUGUAUGACUACGCAUCCUAGGUUUAGGUUUUCGAUUAUUUAUUACCAUUUAGCCCGUAGAGACUUAACUUUUGUACUGCCACAAGAGCCAAAAUACAAAUUAAUCAAGUAUCCAUAUUACAAAAA